UGUAUAUAUUUUUUUAAGUUACGGGAUUAGGCUGAUUGCAGCGCAGUUUGAGAGUGUUCCAACCGGAAAAUUGUUUUGUCAUUCUCGAGCCGUAGCAAUUAUUCACCUUUAAUUUAUUAAAUAUUACUCUUUAAGAAAUUUGAUCAAACAUGUCACUUAUUCAAGAUUAUAUUCCAAGAAAUUUACCUGAUUAUGCUACUCAGGCCCCUAAACAAUUUCAAUUUAAUCCGUAUGCCGACAACGGAGGGAGUGUUGUGGCUUUAGCUGGUGAUGAUUUUAGUUUAAUAGCAGCAGAUACGCGUCUGAGUACUGGUUAUUCAAUAUAUUCACGUAAGCAGGAGAAAUUAUUCAAACUUUCUGACACUACAGUGUUAGGCUGUUCGGGAUGUUGGUGCGAUAUUCUGACCCUUACCAGAGUAAUAUCUGCACGUAUGCAGAUAUACCAACACGAGCAUCAUAAAACUAUGACAACUUCAGCAACUGCUCAAAUGUUGUCGACCAUGCUUUAUUAUAAGAGAUUCUUCCCAUAUUAUGUUAGUAACAUCUUAGCUGGAUUGGAUAAUGAUGGCAAAGGUUGUAUUUAUAGAUAUGAUCCUGUUGGACAUUGUGAAAAAAAUACAUACGUAGCGGGUGGUUCAGCUGGAGCUUUAUUGCAACCAUUAUUGGAUAAUCAGGUCGGUUAUCUUAAUCAAGAAAAUGUAGAAAAGAUUCCGUUAACUAAGGAUAAAGCCUUAUCCGUUGUUAAAGAUGUAUUUAUAUCAGCAGCUGAAAGGGACAUUUAUACCGGAGAUGGAAUUACAAUUAAAAUUAUUACAAAAGAUGGUAUUACCGAAGAGAAGUUUGAUUUAAGGAGAGAUUAAUUCAUUUUCCUUAUUAUAAUAAAUUGUUUUUUUUUUCUUUU